AAGAAAAAGAAAAAGAGAUCGAUAACGUGAGUCUCCCAUUUCCUGAUCCUGCCAAACCUAUUCCCGCACAGACACAACCGUUGACGAACUGAAGAAGAAGAAACAGACCCAUCGAGCACGGCAGGGCAGGGCAGGGCAGAGCAUAGCUGAGCAGAGAUCCUAAUACUACCCGUGGGAAAAGAAAACGCAUAUGGCGGGUGAUUCUCCGCUCGCUCUCCUCCUCCUCCUCCUCUUCUUCCUAUUCGCCCUCUGCAUCUCUUCCCUCGCCCUCUCAUCUUCUCCCCAAUCCGACCCUUUAUCCGUCUGCAUUGUGGGCGCCGGGAUUGGCGGCUCAUCGGCCGCCCACUUCCUCCGCCAGUACUCCCCCGCCCCCUUUGCAGGACCCCCUACUCUUCGAAUCCGAGUCUUUGAGCGGAACCCCGUGGUGGGCGGCCGCAUGGCUAGGGUGAAGAUCGACGGCGACACCUUCGAGGCCGGCGGGUCGAUCCUCCACCCGAAGAACUACCACGUCCUCAACUACACCAAGCUGAUCGGAUUAAAAAUCAAGUGGCCGAAUUCUUCCAAGGCCGGCGAUGGCGACGACGAUGACGGCUCUUUCGGGAUUUGGGACGGGAAGAAGUUCGUGUUCAAGACUUGGAGCGUUCCUAACACCAAGAAGCUGCCCUUUGUCGACAAAGUUGUCUCCUUUGCCAACGCUCUGCAGCUCUUCUUCCGUUAUGGUCUUUCCCUCAUCAGGAUGAACAGCUUCACUGAGAGUACCGUGAACAAGUUCCUCAAGUAUUAUGAGAGCUUUGAAACAAGACCUGUGUUCGAGACCGUGGAUGAUAUGCUCAAAUGGGCAGGCUUGUAUAAUCUCACAACUCGAACGCUCGAGGAAGAAUUAGUCGACGCUGGGUUAUGCCCGGCACUGAUAAAGGAACUUAUCACGGUCAUAACUAGAGUUAACUAUGGCCAAAGCAGCCGAAUCAGUGGGCUUGCUGGUGCUGUUUCUAUGGCAGGAGCAGGUGACAAUCUGUGGCAAGUUGAAGGAGGAAAUUGGCAGAUGGCUUCGGGUUUGCUUAAUGUUUCAGACAUUUCAUUGCAUCUGAGUGAGGAGAUAGAAUCUAUUUCGAAACUAGGAAACUACUACGAGCUUAAUUCCACCAAAGGUAACAGCUAUAAGUGUGAGGUCACAAUAGUUGCAACUCCUCUUGAUGAGCUGAGCAUUCGCUUCGACCCUCCUGUAUCAAUUCCCCCAAGGAAGCUGCAGCACACUCAUGCCACCUUUGUUCGGGGUCUCUUGAAUCCCGCAUAUUUUGGUCUCGGAUCUGCCGCUGAUAUUCCUCAUCUAGUGGGAACAAUCGAGGAACCAGGGCUACCCUUCUCGAGCAUUUCAAUUCUGACUCGACACAGUGAGAAAGAUGCAACUUACAAGGUCUUCUCCCGCCAAACAAUGGGAGACGCGCUGCUGGAUCAAAUUUUCAGUGUUCGGCAGGAAACUAUUCGUAUAGACUGGGGUGCCUAUCCUCACUACCAGGCUCCGGAAGUUUUUGCCCCGUUUAUACUGGAUGGGCGUCACCUCUACUACAUUAAUGCCUUUGAGAAUGCUGCGAGCACGAUGGAGACCAGUGCUGUUGCUGCCGAGAACGUGGCUCGUCUAAUCCUGACGAGACUAUUUGGGAAGGUGGACCACUCAGUUUCUAUGAGCUCAGAUGCCUCUGCUUCUGAUAUUCGUUUGCAUUCAGAUCUCUAAACGAUGGGAAGGGUGUUUUGCCUCACGAGACUACUGAUCUAACGUAUAAAUAUCGUUCCGUGUAACAAUAAACUUUUUUUUUUUUUCCCCAAAUAAUGCCAUGCAAUGUGAGAGUGACAAUGUAAACUUUGUAUGUGAGAAAUGUGAGUGACAAUGUUAUCAUUGUUCAUGAAGGCCUUCUUUGGGCCAUUGCCCCUCUUAUAUUA